AUGUGGCGGGCAUGCAAGACAAGCAGCGCGACUCUCCUCGUCGUUGUGGUCGUUGUGGUGGAGUCUGGGCAACGUAGCCGACAAGGCAGGAAAGUAGAUCACGUAAUCAUCACUCCUAUUUCUUCACAUAUGGCAUCCCGGAAACGACAGGACCGCCCCAUCAUGCUACAUGUUGCAUCCGGCAAAAACAUAGACCUGGUAGAAUUGGCCUCGUCUUUACCACUGAUCCAUUUACCUCAAUGGAUUUACCCGAUGGCGGACGUUAAAGAAUGGGAUGAGAUAGAGGCUGUAGUUCUUAGAGGGAUGGAUGAGGUCCUGCGAGAGCGAACAUAUCGGGAUUGUCUUCAAUGCAUUCACAGCGAAAUCGCAAUGGAAAUCGACUUGGAAAAUGAUAGCAGAUCCGCAACGAAUUGGGGUUCCACAGAGUCACCGGGCACGAUAAGCGCCACAACCCCUGUUCUCGAUGGGCGCAUUAGAAAACGAAAACGCGCCGGUGAAGCUAGCCAAUCCAACGGUUCAUCCCACUCUUCAGAAACAUACUCUAUCGACGAACGUCCUCGUAAAAAAAUCUCGACUACACCUCCUGAACUGUCCCGGGGUUACAAGGUGUCGGAUUCCUCUGAUACAGACAUGUAUUAUUCAGAAACCGAGGACUGGAAGGACUAUCCAAGCGACGACUCGUCCUCUUCAGUAGAUUAG